GAGUGAACAAAGAUGGGUAUCUUUUUCUGAGACUUUUUAACACAGUCUUUCUCUUUACUUCUCUUUUUUCCUUUUCAGUGAGAGAGUUGCAGAGAUUUUGGUCUGACAAAGGGCUUUCUCUUAUGUGAAGAGCUUGAUCAUCCAAUUCCCAUAAUAUUUUUUUCAUCAUUCAUAUAUAUAGAGAGGUUGGUGUCUCUGUGUUUGUGUUUUCUUUCCUUUCCUUUCCUUUCCUUUCCUUUCCUUUUCCUUGUUAUGUACUUUCCUUCCUUCUCUGAAUUUUCUUUCAUGGGUUUUGGGUCACUGUAAGUGAAAAUUCUUGUUUCCUUUGCAGCAGAGACGAUGAUGAAGCACGUGUCCACUCAGAUUUCCAUCACAACUGGUUCCCAAUAAUAUAAAAACUAAAUAAAACUACAAUCAAUUCUUCUCUCUCUUUCUUUCUCUAUCAAUCUCUCUCUAUUUCUUUAUCUAUAUAUAAAAGCAAUCCUUCUCUCAUAUCCUACUCCCUUUCUCUCUUUCUUCUUCUUCUUCUUCUUCUUGAUGUCAUGUUCUUACUCUAGAGGAUGAUGAUGAAGAAUCAAUACGCUAAUACAUAAUCAAACAACCACAGGAAUAAGCAACAGUUAAUUCUUUAUCAACUUAUCUUUCAUCUUCAAAUACUUGUCUGUUUGAUCCCAGCAGGCCACCACUGAGAACAUAUUAUCACAGUUUCCUGAAAGACUCCUACCGAUUUCAACUCUUUCUUUGAUGGGUUGAUCGAGAAUUCCACACUAUCAUAAGUGCAGAAAGAAGUUUAUAAAUUUUUCCGAGAAAAACUAAUCCGAUGGCGACGUACUUUCAUGGGAAUCCGGAAAUCCAAGCAGCCGCUGCAGCAUCAGCAGAAGGACUCCAAACCCUCGUCCUUAUGAACCCUACUUAUGUCCAAUACUCCGACACCCCUCCACCACCACCUUCCAACAACCUCUUUUUCCUCAACUCCGCUGCCACCAAUCUUUCGCCAUCACCACACCUAUCUCACGCGCCACCCAGUGCCCAGCAGUUUGUAGGCAUCCCUUUGGACCCUAGCUCUCACGAUACUUCCACCUUGCAUGGACUGAUUCCACGAAUUCAUUACAAUCUGUACAACCCAGUUGACCCUUCCUCGGCUGCGCGUGAAACUCCACGCGCUCAGCAAGGACUCUCUUUAAGCCUUUCUUCACAACAGCAACCGGGCUACAGGUCACAGGCUCAAGCCGUGUCAGGUGAAGAUAUGAGGGUCUCUGGUGGGUCAGUAUCUUCAGGUUCAGGCGUCACUAAUGGUGUAUCGGGGAUUCAAGGGAUGCUGUUAAGCUCCAAGUACUUGAAGGCUACUCAGGAGCUCCUUGAUGAGGUUGUUAAUGUGAAUAAUAAUGGUAUUAAAAAUGAAUUGUCCAAAAAGGGUAAUGGAAUUAGUAGCAAUAAUAGCAACAAGAUGAUUGGAGAAUCAUCGGGUGGAGAUGGAUCAGCUGGUGGAGAUGGUGGUGGGAAGCAUGGUGGAGCAGAGCUUACCACGGCGGAAAGGCAAGAAAUUCAGAUGAAGAAGGCCAAGCUUAUCAGCAUGCUUGAUGAGGUGGAGCAAAGAUACAGACAGUAUCAUCAUCAGAUGCAGAUAGUGAUUUCAUCAUUUGAGCAAGCCGCAGGAAUUGGUUCUGCGAAAACAUACACAGCUCUUGCACUGCAAACAAUCUCAAAGCAAUUCCGGUGCUUAAAAGAUGCAAUAACAGGUCAAAUUAAAGCUGCAAACAAGAGCCUAGGUGAAGAAGAUUGCCUUGGAGGCAAGCUUGAAGGUUCCAGGCUCAAAUUCGUCGACAAUCACAUUCGACAACAACGAGCUCUUCAACAGUUGGGAAUGAUCCAGCACAAUGCUUGGAGACCCCAGAGAGGAUUGCCUGAAAGAUCAGUUUCAGUUCUUCGUGCUUGGCUCUUCGAGCACUUCCUCCAUCCUUAUCCUAAAGAUUCUGAUAAGCACAUGCUUGCCAAACAGACAGGGCUGACUAGGAGCCAGGUGUCUAACUGGUUCAUAAAUGCUCGAGUUCGGCUAUGGAAGCCAAUGGUGGAAGAGAUGUACAUGGAGGAAAUGAAGGAGCAUGAACGAAAUGGAUCAGAGGACAAAACAAGCAAAAGCGAGCAGAAUGAAAGUUCAGCUUCGAAAUCAGUUCUGCAUGAGAAAGGUUCAGUUAAUGAGAAUCAGACUAAAAAUUUCAAGUCUUUGGACAGUUCUUCAAACCAGAAUCCUCCUGCAAUUUCAAUAUCUACAGCUUCAACAUCCCCUGUUUCACGAAAUUUAAGAAACCACUCUGGAUUCUCCCUCAUAGGUUCAUCAGAAUUGGAAGGGAUUACACAACAAGCAAGCCCAAAGAGACACAGAAGCACCGAAUUGAUCCAAUCUCCAACUAGUGUCCCAUCCAUAAACAUGGAUGUCAAGCCUGGAGAGACGAACAAUGAGCAAAUUUCAAUGAAGUUUGGCAAUGAGAGGCAAAGUAGAGAUGGCUACUCAUUCAUUGGAAGCCAAACCAACUUCAUUGGAGGAUUUGGGCAAUACCCAAUUGGAGAACUCGGAAGAUUUGAUACAGAACAGUUCACUCCAAGAUUUUCCGGGAAUGCUGUUUCUCUCACGCUUGGUCUCCCCCACUGUGAAAACCUCUCCUUGUCAGGAACCCAUCAAAAUUUUCUUGCCAACCAGAACAUUCCAUUGGGAAGAAGAGUGGAAAUCGGCGAACUGAAUGAUUUCGGAGGCAUCAACACAUCCACACCUCACUCUUCAUCUGCAUAUGAGAGCAUCAACAUUCAGAACCCAAAGAGAUUUGCAGCACAACUGCUGCCAGACUUUGUGGCCUGAUGGCUAGCCCAUGACCAAGGCCAUGGAGGAUUCAGGAUCUUUUUCGCACUAUUUCUUGCUGUUCCAGCCAUUAGCAGGGAACAAGGAUAAUGCAUGAUAGUGUAAAGAAAGAAGAAACUUCACAUAGUAUAGGUCUAUACUUUGUCAUAAAAUCAUUUGAGUUCUUAGACAGCUUAGGAUUUGAGAGUAUAUGGGUGGAGGAUUGUAUAUUAUUUUUGUAAGCUCUGAAGAUGGAUAGAUGGAUUGAUGUCAUAAGAAUUUAGUUAUUGGGGUAUACUAAUAUUAUAUUGAUUGUGAGCA